AUGGCGUUUCCAAGCUCCUACGGGAGCUCGAGCCCGCCGUCGACGCCUGCCAAAUCCCCAGGCUUUGGCUCAAGCGGAUACUCAACGACACCAGCUGGGCAGCCCCCCUCGUCCUCCCGCUCUUUCGCUCCAGGCGGGGACUCGUUCUCGUCACCUGCUUUCGGGAGCUCGAUAGGCUCUGAGGCGCCAAAGGACCUGCUGUCUUUUUCGACGACUUCUACAAACUUCGGCUCGCCCUCGCGAAAUAUGCCUUUGUUCGGCUUCCAGCACCAGCAGGCGAAGAAAGCUGCUGGUGGGAGAACGCCUCGAAAUAGAAAUUUUACCAAAUCGAAGCUGUCGUAUAGCUUUACGCCCUUUGAUGAUGACGAUGAUAACGAUCAAGAACACGAAGAAGGUGAUGAAGAGGAGGAGGAGGAGGAAGAGGGGGAGGAGGAAGAAGAAGAAGAAGAAGAAGAAGAAGAAGAAGAAGAAGAAGAAGAAGAAGAAGAAGAAGAAGAAGAAGAGGAAGACGAAGAUGAGGAAAUGGAUGAAGACGACGAUGAUGAGGAAGACUCGGACCUUUCAGACAAAGACGCAGAUGCCGCGGUGCCUGCUGGUACUAACAUCUUCUCCGGACAUGUACGAAAAGGAAUGAUCUACUCCAACCCUCAAAACGCCAAGCGCGCCCGGCUGGACGAAACCUGGGUUCAACAGCAGUCCUCCAGCCCGAUGCAGCUGACCUCCCAGAAAAGCCCUUCUGCAUUCCCCGGGAUCGCGCGCGACAUUGCAUCCAGGCAUCAAGUAGCUGCUGUGGACGAGCCGAGCGGCCUGAUACUUGGAACGGAGGAUAUUAUUGGGGGCUUAUACGAUGUGGUUAGGGAGCGGGGCGCGGAUGAUGACGACGAUGAUGAUGCUGUCGAAACUACGUUGUCUGAUGUUUGUGAGAAGCUGUCAAGUCUCUGGGUGGAGUACGCUGGAGACGCCGGCGCGGCGGUCAACUACCAGAAUGGAUGCAUUGGGCCUGCAGCUGAGUCGUCGGGCGUGAUGAAGGCGAGUUUUCUGGCAUCGCUGCUCCUCCAGCUGCACCAUCCCCCCAUGUUCCAGCCUCAAGCGCGAGACCGGGGCCUGCAUCCGUCUCGCUCUCCCUUCCGCUCGAUUUACCACACCCCGCCAAAAUGCCAAACACCAAUUCCAAAAGUUCUGUUUGACUGGAUCUCCAAAUACCACUCUCCCCAGUCUGCCCGAUUCAACGCGCUGAAGAAACAGCAGCCCAACCCCACAGCGUCGCCGACCUUCUGGAACACCGUCCUCGCCAUGACGCUCCGCGCGGAUUUCCCCUUUGUGAUCGAGUUGCUCGAACUGGCCGAUUUCACGUACGCGCGCACCGCGAUGGAGGAAGGCAGCCGCGAGCCCGGAUACCACGGCAGACGACUCCAGACGAUCCAGCAGUGCGUGAACAAAGCGCUGCAGCUUCUCCGGUCGAGUCCCAGCGUGCGCAGCGACGACUGGGACAUCAAAGGCAUGGAAUGGGCGCUGUUCCGCAAGCAAGUGGCGGCGGCGAUCUCUGAGCUCGAGGACCUGGCCGAGGGCGCGGACCGCGGCGGCAGCGGCGGAGCGCCCGGGUUCCAGGCGUCGCACUUCGGCCUGUCGUCCAGCGUGCCCCCGGGCUUCCUCUCGUUCAGUCAGAGCGCGCGCAUGGCCGAGAGUGGCAUUCCCUGGUCCGUGUACCAGCACCUCCGGUCCCUGUACGGCAUCGUACUCGGCGACGUGGCGGCCAUCCUGAAGCACUCGGACGACUGGGUCGAGGCGACGGUGGGCCUGUCGGCGUGGUGGAGCGGCGACGACGACAGCGAGAUCUCCGUGGACGGCAGCGGGGCGCGCGCGGUAGCAGCAGCAGCAGGUAAUCCUACGACGCGGACGUCCGUGGCGCCGCGCGUGGUCGAUGUGAACACGGAAGAUGCAUAUCUACGACGUCUGGACUACGCGUUUACGUGCGUGACGGAAACACUGGGCAAGGACGGGCUGCGGCUCAACUCGCUGAACGCGUGCGAGGUCGGGCUGGCGUCGGUGUUCGAGGGCAACGUCGAGGGCGUGCUGCGGCUGGCGCAGACGUGGAGCGUGGGCGUGGCGGCGGCCACGGCGGAGGUGGCCAGCUUCGGCGGCUGGCUGGAGGCGGCGGCGGGCGCGGAGCCCAUGCGCGGCUGCUUCAACGAGAGCGAGCGCAUGGUGCUGGGCUACGGCGGCAUGGGCACGCGGGAAGAGGGACAGAAGUCGAAGACGGAGAAGCUGUGCAAGGACGAUGUGCUGGUGGCGUACUCGGCGGGGCUGCGCGCGCGCGGCCGGCUGGAGACGCCGGCGAGUGCGCCGCGCGAUGGGUGGGAGUUGGCGCUGGAGGUGCUGAGUCGGCUGGAUGAUCGCGAGGUGAUGAAGGCGAAGGUGAACGAGUUUCUGGAUGGAGUGGCCGUGGAGUCGCUGGAGAAGAUGGACCGGCUGUGUUUGCUGUGCACGGAGUUGGGGUAUCAGGAGGAAGGCCGUCGGAUAUCGGAACGCUACGGCGACAACAUCGCGGAGACGACGGAGGACUACGGCACGGCGCUCUUCUGCUACGCGCGCGCGCACUGCUCGCUCAAGAUCAAGAACGUCACGGACAUGCUGGUCUCGCUGUGCCUGGUGCAGUCGGCGGCGUACCCACCGGCAGCGGCACUAGACGCGCAGCUGCGCUCGCUGCUCUACGAACCCACGGCGGCGUUCGCCGGCAUCGCAGCGGUCGACGCCGAGGGCGCGGCGCUGCUGCAGUUCUCGUUCAGCGGGUACGCGACGCUGCGGCACUUCUACGACAUCCGCGACGGCGAGCCGCGACGGCCGUUGGCGCGCAAGCGGGCGGCGGCGCAGGCGCUGGCGGCGCUGAUUGGCAGCGCGGCGGACAGCAUCUACGGCGGGCUGUACGACCCGGACCGCAAGACGGCGGUGCAGGUGGACGGCUUGCUGGUGCUGCUGGGCGAGGCGCUGGCGCUGGUGGCACCGGAUCCCAACCGGCACUUCACGGGCGGCGAGCUGCGCACGAUCCUGGCGGCCAUCGAGGACCUGCAGACGGUCACGGCGCGCGUGUACGAGCAGUGCGAGGCGUGUCUGCGCUCGGCUCUGGCGCAGUACGACCGCGAUGCCAACAACGACGACAAUGACGACGACGCCGCCGGCUCUGGCUCUCACUCACCACCGCACUUCCUGCGCCAGUCGAUCGCAUCGUCGGGCUGUGGGGGUUUGUUCUCGCUGGUGGGCAGCGAGCUGGCGAUGUCGCAGAGCCGAUCGCGCAGCAGCCCAGGCGACUCCGGGGUGUUAGUGGCGCGGGUCGAAGGCAGCGGCGGCCAGCAGGGCGUGCAGCGCGGGUGGGACUGGCGGGCGACGGUGGGCACGGAGGUGCCGGGACGGACGAUUCUGCGGGCGCUGCGGGCGACGCUGGCGACGGGCCUGAGCCAGGCGGCGGCGGUGGUGGGGGUGCGAGGCUAG